AUAACAACCAAACAUUAUUUUCUUCUAAUCUUAGGUUCUCAAACUUAGGUUGUGGCCUUCCUCUAUAACACAAAGUACAGAAAUAAUGAAUCAAAAAUAUGAACCUUUGUAGAGAAUACAGGAAUCCAGAUUCUGGGUUAUUAUCAUAUACCGCGAAUCUCAGCAAGAAAGGAGAGAUUUUUCGAGUGUUUGGUUGAGAUGGAUGGGAGCAAAUUAGUAAAUGGGAGAACAACUGGGUCAGUAAAAGCAGCCAUUAACAAGUAUGGUGGAGGAAGGAAGAUUAAUCAAGUCACUAAUACAUAUAAGAAGUCUCUGAAUAAUGCUUCAAACUCUGAGAUAAGUUCUUCAAAGGCUCAAGAACUUCAUGUUGCAAAGAAUAGGAUCAACCAAAUCAAUGAAAACAGGAUAAUAGCGGAGUCAGAGAUAAACCAGGCUGAGUUCGAAAUCCUGAAGGCGAAAAAGUUAGUUAGGGAGCUCACAUCACAAAUACAAGAGUCGGAAUUAAGGGCUAAGGAGUUUCAGAAGGGGAAGAGAGUUGAGGAACUACCUGGCCAAGAGGAAAAUGUUCAGUAUGAAGAAGUCGUGAAAGAAGUUGAAGCAGUCAAAAGAGAUAUCAGCAAAAUUAAACUUGAGAUAGAACGAGCAGUUGAAGAGAAAUUCAGGGCAGAAAAAGAAGCAGAUGCUGCUGGUUCAAGACUCAAGUUUUAUACGAGUGCUGCUGAUAAAUUAAGGAUAGAGAUUGAAGAAGCUAAAGAAGAGGAGGUCUUGGUUGAGCUAGCUCAAAUCCAGGCACAGAAAGAACUUGCAGAGAUUGAAGCUCAGAAGAAAGAAGAAGAGGAAAGAUAUUCAAAUCUGAUUGCUGAAACUAGAAAAAAGAUCGGUAUAUUGAGAGAUGAAAUUGAGAAAAUGAAAUAUCUUGAAGAUAUACUAGAGCUUACAGUUUCAGAGGUUGAUGUAUUGCAGAAUGAGCUGAAUUUGAUUAAGGAAAUGGACAGUAAAUAUCAGAGAAGAGUAAGUUUAAACGACUCUGCUUUGAAGACAGUCACAAAAGAUCUGGAAGCAGCAAGGAAAGAAUUGGAGACUAUCCAAGCAGAAGGGUUUCAGCUUAUGGGUAGUAUGGAUAUAAUAAGAAUCGAGCUGAUAAACAUGACAAAGGAGAAGGGUGAAAUUGAAAAAAAGGAAGCAGAAACCAAAAAUUUAAUAAAGAAGAUGAACUCAACACUUCUAAGGGCCAAAGAUAAGUUAGAAGUUGCCAGAGCAUCUGAGGAAAAGGCUAAGUCAAUGUUACCAUCUCUAUCCCUUGCUUUAGAGAGCUUAAAAAGAGAUAAGGAGGCAGCAAAGAAAGAGGAGGAGAAAUUGAAAGAGGAGACAGACUGCAUCAGGGCUGAGAUUCAGAAAAUUGAAUCUGAAAAUGAUACUAAGGAAGAGAAACUACAGGUUGUAAUUAAAGCGCUAGAAGUAGUCAAAACUUCAGAAGCAAAUGCUCUUGAGAAAUUGCAGACCCUUGUAGAAAAUGCAGUGAAAGCAAGGGCUUCCCAGACAAAAUCUACCAUCACAAUAUCAAAAUUUGAGUACGAAUAUUUAACAGGAUGUGCAGCUGGAGCUCGAGAGACUGCUGACAAGAAAGUGGCAGCUGCUCAGGCAUGGGCAGAAGCAUUAAUGGCCAGUGAGAGAGAGGUUAAGAUAGAAACUGCUUUGGUAGAGAGGGAGAUUGAAGAGCUGAAGCUAGAGGAAGAGCAGGAGGUCAAGAGGAUGGAAGAAUUAGAAAGCGUGGAGGAUUCAGAAACAGAGCAGCAGCAAAAAGAGAUAAACCAUAGCCGGAAGAGCCUUCAGGGGAGGAGAUCAAUAAAAGAUCAUGAUUAUAGCUCAACCCCACUAAGACAAGCCAAGUUGCGAAGAUCUGGCUCUCCGGCUACAAGACGAAUAAGCACUUCAACCUCUUUAUCUAUGAAAAGAAGGAGAAAAGUAAUGCUCAAAAUCGCAAAAUAUUUUGCUAAUGAGCAGAUUGAGGAUGAAAACUCAGUCCCCUUGAAGGCAGACACAGACAAUUAAUCACCUUUGAGUAUUCAUUUAAUAAAAUCACAUUCAAGCAUUGUUGUACAUACAAGCCAGAUUCUUCAGAUUCUUUAUUUUGGGAGAUUUUGUAAUCAGUACAUAGAGUAUAUUAGAUUAGUAGGAUAUGAUAAGUAUGCAUGUAAAGAUUCGCCAACUAAUUUCCAAAUUUUGAUUCCACGUGAAAUUUCACUUAUAUAAUUCUGCAGUUUCCUGCGUCUUCAAGUACGGACCAAGGACACAACCAGAUUCCUAGAUAAGAAUCAUAAGAUACUGACGAUAGAUACAAAAGAAUCAAUUAAUCAUUUUUGAUACUUCAAUAACAAAUCCAAGAUAACAGCAAAUACUUAUACAUUACUUCACCAAAAUGUUACAUAAUCAGAACCACAAUGCUUACAGAAAAAGCACCUUUUCUUUGAUUAAGCUUGUGAAUAUAAAAAAAGUAAGAAAAAAAAAA